GCCGUCCACUUCCCAUUGCGUUGACCGCCCCUGAUUAGUUCCGAAAUGUGUAGCAGUGAAAUAGAGUAAAGAAAUUUUUUGAAAAGCCGGUUAAUCAUAACCUAACCGUGUCAAAUUGAAUUUUGUGUUAUAACGCUCUAUUGCUAAUCCGGGAAAAUGGAAAUUACAAAUGAAAAUUUAAUCACUCUUAGCGAAUACUUAAAGCACUCACUUAGCCCAGAUGUUAAUAUUAGACGGCCAGCUGAAAAAUUCUUGGAAUCUGUUGAAGUGAAUCAGAAUUAUCCUAUACUUUUGCUGCAUUUAGUGGAUAAGUCAGAUAUUGAUAUGACAAUAAGAACAGCUGGCUCGGUUGCUUUUAAAAAUUAUAUCAAGCGGAAUUGGAAGGUGGAAGAAGAUUUUGGGGACCGCGUUCACGCACAGGAUCGAAAAGCUAUUAAGAAUUUAAUAAUCAAUCUUAUGUUACACUCCCCUGAUUCAAUACAAAAGCAACUUUCAGAUGCAAUAUCGAUUAUUGGCAAACAUGAUUUUCCAGAUAAAUGGCCAGAUUUGAUUGAUCAAAUGGUGGAAAAGUUUAAUACUGGAGAUUUUCAUAUUAUUAACGGCGUACUGCAUACAGCACAUUCCCUCUUCAAAAAAUAUCGCUAUGAAUUCAAAAGUCAAAGUUUGUGGACAGAGAUUAAGUUUGUAUUGGACCACUUUGCUAAACCGCUGACAGAUCUCUUUUUGACGACAAUGAAUCUAACUCAAGUCCACACUAAUAAUAUAGAGGCUCUAAAAAUAAUUUACAACUCCCUGGUCGUCUUGUGUAAAGUGUUCUAUUCUCUUAAUUUCCAAGACUUACCGGAAUUCUUUGAAGAUAACAUGGAAGCGUGGAUGGUAAACUUUCAUACUCUCCUUACUGUCAAUGUCCCAGCAUUGCGAACUAUGGAUGAAGAGGAGCCUAGUGUGUUAGAACAGUUGAAGUCUCAAGUUUGUGACAAUGUUUGCUUAUAUGCUCAAAAAUAUGACGAAGAGUUUCAGCAGUACUUACCUCAGUUUGUCACAGCAAUUUGGAAUUUGUUGACGUCGAAUGUUCAGGAGCCGAAAUUUGACACGUUAGUGUCAAACGCACUGCAAUUCCUCGCCACCGUGGCAGAUCGAUCUCAAUACAGACAUCUUUUUGAAAAUCCGACAACUCUUAGCAGCAUCUGCGAGAAAGUUAUAAUUCCUAACAUGGAAUUCAAAGCAUCUGACCACGAGCUCUUUGAAAAUAAUGCUGAGGAAUAUAUAAGGCGUGAUAUUGAAGGCAGCGAUGUCGAUACAAGGAGACGGGCUGCUUGUGAUCUCGUGAAAGUAUUGUCAAAGUAUUUUGAAGAUAAAAUCAUGGAUAUUUUUGGUACAUAUAUCCAGAUAAUGCUCCAAAAUUAUACUGACAAACCCGCAGAAUAUUGGCAGAGCAAGGAUGCUGCAGUAUAUUUAGUAAUAAGCUGUGUCAGUAAAGGACAAACCCAAAAACAUGGAGUAACGCAAAGUAGUGAAUUGGUUUCAUUACCACAAUUUACAAGGGAACAUAUAAUUCCGGAACUCCUUAGGCAAAAUGUAAACGAGUUUCCAGUUUUGAAAGCUGAUGCUAUAAAGUUCAUAAUGACAUUCAGAUCCGUACUACCAAGAGAACACGUUAUAGGAGUUUUGCCACUGAUUAUCCGUCACCUAUUAGCCACAAGUACUGUAGUUCAUACUUAUGCUGCUUGUGCAAUUGAGAAGAUACUCGCACUUAAAGAUCAUGAAAACACUCUUCAAGUGUAUGAAAAAGAAAUGGUGCCUUUGGCGGCAGAAUUAUUGAACAGUCUGUUUGUGGCGGUGGAAAUUCCAGGAUCAGAAGACAAUGAAUACAUCAUGAAGGCGAUAAUGCGAAGUUUCGCUAUUUUACAAGACAAUGUGGUACCACAUCUUCCAAACUUGCUUCCGAAAUUGACUGAAAAACUUGUUACUGUAGCCAAAAAUCCUGGACGACCAAACUUCAAUCAUUACUUAUUUGAAACUCUCAGCUUAUCUAUCAAAAUUGUAUGCAGAAGAAGUUCAGAAGCUGUCAUAUCAUUUGAACAAACGCUUUUUCCUACUUUUCAGGGAAUUUUACAACAAGAUGUUCAAGAAUUCAUACCAUACGUUUUUCAAAUACUUGCGUUACUUCUUGAACUACGAACUGAAUCUAGUAUACCUGACACGUACAUGGCCCUGUUUCCUUGUCUGUUAUCACCGGUAUUAUUCGAACGACAAGGGAAUAUACAUCCAUUGAAUAGAUUAUUGCAAGCAUUUAUCUCCAAAGGCUCACAUCAGAUUGUAGCUCAAGAUAAAAUCAGUGCUCUCUUAGGUGUUUUUCAAAAGUUAGUGGCAUCAAAAACACAUGAUCACGAAGGAUUUCUACUAAUUCAAUGUAUAAUUGAUUAUUUUCCACCUGAUGCUUUACAUCCGUACAUGAAGCAGGUUUUCUUGUUACUGUUCCAACGACUUUCAUCAACCAAGACCGUGAAAUUUGUAAAAGGUCUGAUUGUAUUUUUCGCGUACUACAUCCUGAAAUAUGGUGCUAUUAAUUUAGUUACCAUCAUCGAUCAAAUUCAGUCGCAAAUGUUCGGAAUGGUUUUAGAAAAAAUUAUCAUCACAGAUUUACAAAAAGUGUCUGGUGAAAUUGAGCGAAAAGUAGCGGUGUUUGGAUUCUCAAAUUUGCUCGUAAAUUUUCCGGCGAUGCUUGAAACUCCUUAUAAUGCUUAUUACUCUAAGCUUUUAGUUUCUUUAGUGGAAUUACUUGAAUCUCCACAAGAAGAUCAAAUAUUAAGUGAAGAGCAGAUGUUUCCAGAAAUUGAUGAUAAUUUAGGUUACCAAGCGGCGUAUAGUCAGCUCAUUUUUGCAAAAAAUACAAAACAGGAUCCUUUAAAAGCCGUCGGAGACAUUCGUUUAUUCCUGGCACAAGGUCUGGGGAAACUUCCUUUGGAUCAGUUAACUGAAAUAUUAAGUCAAAUUCCGGAACCAAGCACGAGUCAUCUUAAAAAGUAUCUUCAAACUGCUGGUAUAACUGUAGUUUAGUGGACAAAAUCUUUCAGUUCGUCAAAUAAGAUCAGUCGUAAAAAUUCGAAUGCCUUGUAUGUUUAAAUAUUAUAAUUUGUCAUAAAAAAUUUGGUAUGAAAAGCUUAUA